CACUCGACUAUCCGCACGGCGAUCGUACGGUCGCCAUUUCGACGCUCGACGCUUUUCCACGCUCACGAAUUCAUCGAGGCGCAGGAUCGAUUGCGUUCGUCGCGCGUUCGCAAAUUGUUAUCGCCGUUUGUAGUCAGCGUUUUUCUUCAUGAAACACUCCACUUCACUUCCGCGUAGCGAUUCGGGCUUUAGACGACUCGGUGUGUGUUAGGUGUCGAGGACAAAUUGGUCUUCUCAGUGGGUUUUGUACAAUGACAUGGUGCAGUUAACUAAGAACUUUCUGCUUCUACAUUUCGUUGUCCUUCGCUGAUGAGUGGUUUGCUGCUUGGUCAUCUUUGUUGUCGAUCAACUCUUAUCUUUCGUCGUACGUUUUAGCUGAGAAAGAGAGAAAAAGAGAGACAGGGAGAAACAGUGUAAAGAAGAAAGAAGUUUCCGAAGUUUCUAAAGCCUGAAAGAUAUAAACAUCGAACAACCUUUGAAAAUGAGUGUCAUAAUAAGGCUACAAAAUCUGGCAUGGUCCGCCAACGCAUUGGACAUACGCCAGUUUUUCAGGGGUCUGAGUAUUCCAGAGGGAGGAGUCCAUAUUGUCGGUGGCGAGUUAGGAGAUGCGUUUAUCGCAUUCAGUACCGACGAAGAUGCCCGACAGGCAAUGAUGCACGAUGGUGGCAAAAUUAAGGAGAUGAAGAUUAAACUAUUAUUGAGUUCACGUACCGAGAUGCAAAAGGUAAUCGAGGCCGCUCGGCAGCAGACUUUAAGUUUGCAAUGUAUCAUGCAAACCGCAUCGGUGACAGUACCGCCUGUGGUUCCUGGUAAGCAGCCCGGAUCACCGACGGACAAACGGGACAAGGAUAACGAUAGCGAAUCCAGCAAGGAUCGAAAGGAUAGACGCGACCGAUCGAGAUCGCGGGAUCGCUCGCGAUCACGCGAUCGCGACCGUGAUCGAGAUCGUCGCGAUCGAGAUCGUGGGAGAGAUCGACGACGACGGGAUCGCAGUAGAUCGCGAGACCGGGAACGUGAUAGACGAGACCGACGUCGUCGUCGGGACCGGUCCAGGUCGCGUGAUCGCACGAGAUCGCGCGACCGCGAUUCGAAGAGAAAUUCUACGAACGAUAGGCGUAAAGAUACUAACGAGGAUGAUAACAGCGAGGUCGUGUGCGUCGGUCAAUUUCACAAGGACAAGGCUACAGCUGCGGCUACAUCGAAAAAGCCGCUCGAGAAUGGCAUAUGGGAAGUUCCACCGCAAACGCAAAUACAGGCCGCUUUGUUGGCGCCGAGUAUUUUAGGCGCCGGUGUCGCCGCUCUGCCUCAAGACUCGGAGACUCAACGUUCAACCCUGACUGGCUUCGGCACACCUGUGAUGGGUCAGCAGCCGAUGCUGCAAUCCGGACAGUUUUCGAUAAACGGUCUUAACGGCGUUGGGAAUCUCAUGCAACCGCACAUGCAGACGCUCGGUCAUACAGUGGGCAUGACAUCGUUAUCACAAAAUCUAAAUACCGCUACCAGUCUGCCUAGCUUGGGCGGUCUCGGGACUCGUCCCAAGGAACCUUGGAACCAAAACGAGCAGAGCAGAAUGGAUCAGACCGGGCGAUUUUCCGGACGAUCGAAUCAAUUUGGUAAUCAGGAAUACAAUGCUGCCGGCAAUUAUCGUGGUGCUAGACCAAACAAUCCCUUUCUAAAUAAGGUACAAGAACUCGAAGGCCGCCGUAAUCCACACGCGUUCCAAGCUGGCGCCUCCAAUUUUAGCAAUUAUGACAAUGAUCGCCCGACGUCUGGCAGAAAGUCCGGUAACUCGAGGUUUUCUAACGAAAGUAAGAACGGUAAUGGUGGAGGCCACUGCGUGGAAGUGCGCAACAUGCCGUUGAGCGCAACAUAUGCGGAUCUACGCCACGCAUUUCAUGGUAUCUAUAUUAGGAAAGACGGCAUGAAGAUGAUCAAUGACAAUCACGGUAAUCGCGUGGGCAUCGCGUAUAUCAAAUUUGGUAAGGCUGAGGGCAAAGAACUCGCGCUCAAUACGACGAGAUACGUGCGAGGUUCCGAGGUAGAGGUACUCGAUUUGGAUGAAAGUAUCUUUGAUAAAGCGGUCAAUUCUUAUUCUCCCGAGAGUAGGGAGGAUGGAACCGAUGGUGGUGACAUUAGGAAUUCUAUGUGCAUCUUGCUGACCGAUUUACCGUCCUUUACCAAGGAGAUGGAUAUAGCCAAAUUAUUCCACGAUUGGAAAAUCAACGAUCUCUUUAUCACGAAUAGCAAAGAGACCACCGGCACUGUUCAAUGUAUAGCUUACGUGCAAUUCGCGCGACUCGAGGACGCCAAGUCGUCAUUGAAUACGCCGCUUAAGAUCGGUAGCAAACCGGUAACUGCGACUGCGAUCAGCGAGGAGAAGUUUGCACAGGCGAAGCGCGAACAUGAACAGACGAGCAUGAAUCAGACGGAUUGUAUCCUCAUGCGCGGUUUGCCAUUCCAAACGAUUGAUCGCGACAUUUUCGACUUCUUCUCGGACAUCGGCAUUGUCCCGCUCUGCAUUCACAUGAUGCUUAAUCAACAGGGUAAACCAGCUGGGGAAUGCUUCUGCGAAUUUGACUCGGCCGAGAAGGCUGAACGCGCGAUCGCCAAGAACGGUUUACCUCUUGGUAAGAAUAUACCCACUAUUGAGUUGGUACCACGCGUCAAGAUGCUUGAAACUCUUGGCAUGAUGGAAGCGCAACAGCAAACGCAACAGCAACACUUCCCGAUGCAAGAGCAACAUCAGAGACCACCGCGCUUUUCCGGUCCGAUGAGCCAUAUGCUGCGCUUUGGCAAUACCGGCUUCGGACCCCGCUGCCCGCCCGGUGGCCUAAUGGGUAUGCCGCGUCAUAUGAUAGGCCGCCACCCACCGUCCAUGGACUAUGUCGAAGGUUUUGGUAAACCUGGCUGCGUGCUCUCAUUGGAGAACGUGCCGUUCAAGGCAGACAUCGACGAGAUUAUUGAAUUUUUCGGUGAUUUUGAUGUAAAACGAGAAAACGUAAUUCGCCGUUAUAACGAGAGGGGCAUGCCGACGGGAGAUGCGCGCGUCGCUUUUUCAUCGCCCAGUGAAGCGCAACGAGCGCUCAAGGAGCUCAAACACUGCAAGAUGCGAGAACGUACGAUAUACAUGAAAGUGGCAUGAGAUCCGCCAUUUCGUCGUGGAGAGGCUGACGGCAGCACGUGAAAGGACUAUCAUUCUAGCGAUGAUAUCUGCCCGGGAUAUUAAUAUAUUCGCAUAAGGAUUUUCUUUUGUGCGAGGAAUAAAUACGAUAUCCAACAGGACGUCUUCUGAGAAUUAGCAGUUAAGAGUCGGUUAUCGAUGAAAAUUUUUAUCGAUGAGCGUCCCAUAAUACGAUAGAGACGCUUUGCAAUAGGACAUCUUCGUGUGAAAGAUUGUACUUCCUUAUUAAACGUCGAUAACCUUCAUCUCCGUGUACAUAGAACGCAUAAACUUAAGAACAAAUUUUUUUCAUAUCGUGACUACCGCCUAAAUUGUUUUUAUCUAUCGUAAAGAUAUAUAACCGGUUAUUUGCCGUGUCAACGAUUAUACGUUCCUGAUAUGAUCGUAACACAUUUAACUGAAAAAAACUUGUUCGCCGCUCAAGUAUUAAAUGAAAAUACAACUUAACUGUAUAUUUAUCACAGGGUGUGCAGUAACUGUACGUUAUUAAGAAUAAACUAUAAAAAAUUUCA